CCACUUCCGCCACAACAUAAUGUUUGGCGGGAGGCAAGCGUAAACCGGAGCAGGCGAGUAAUGCAACGUUUUCUAGCCUUUGAGUACCAUUUGAAGACAGCAGCCGUUGGUCAUGUCCAAAACGGUGCCAACAGCCGCAGAGAGGAAACGCCCGCCGCCCGUUAAAGUGUCGUCCAGUCAACUGAGGACGGCGGAGAAGCGGGGGACAGCCGACAGCGGGGACGGACAUGUUAUCCGGCUGGGUAUGGGUCGCUCUCUGCAGGUCUCUCUGGUGUGGAUGCAGGGGACUGUGCUGGAGGUGCAGCUGGACAGGAACACUGCGCUGCUGAUGGACGAGACGGGGACCUUUGCUGUUCAAGGCGUCAACAACAUCCCUAAAGGGAAGCCAUGUUUGUCCCAAGGCAAAUAUGUCAUGGUGAUGGGUGUCAUCCAGGCCGUCUCUCCGGAGCCAGUCAUCCGUGCAGUGAAGAUGGCAGACCUCUCCGAGCUCGCCGCGCUUCACAGACGGAUGUGGAAGCUGGAGGUGGAGGAGCUGCAGCGGGUGAUGGCCUGAAUGCAGAGCGGUUGGGAGGAAACACGCUUUCCCUUCCUGAUGGCAGGACGGCCUGCUCUUGUCUCGCGUGUCCACCUGGGCAUGCAGUACUGAAGUGAUUCUUGACAAAAGGAAAAAUGACCUCACGGGACUGAACAGCACGUGCUCCUGAGGUCUCACGCUCCUGAUGACCGGGAAGCACGACGCAAGUGAGUGACAAAGAUGUUGACACGAGAAAAUAGCAUUUACACUCAAAAGUAUGCUGCUUAAAUAACACAAGUUAUUUCUGUCUUUGGCUGCCGUAUUGCAGGAUUUAUUGUUGUACAUGUUUUGAGGGUUUAUCUUGUUGCAUGUGUGUGUAGCCGAGGUGCACUUAACACACAGUUUGUCUCUCCAAGAACCAUCCUUAAAUUAUCACUAAAAUUGACGUGAGAAGAAAAAUUCUUAAAGUAUCAUUAGCUUAUCUUUCAUUAGAGCGAAUGUAACUCACCAAGUGGCUAUACAACUGUUAAAGAUUGCUCAUAUGCUUUUCUAUAUUAAAAACAUAAUUGAAAUAUUUAUACAUAUUGUUAGACAUGACCCAAACCUGUUUUUGAAGGACAAAAUAUGCUGCUCCAUCUUGAUUUGUGUGGACGACUAAUAAAAUAACAGUGGAACAA